GCAUUGGGCCGACGACGAGGAGGCAGCAGCCGGCGGCCCGCCGUGCCGUCGCCGUCGCCGCCGCCGCCGCCGCCGCCGGUGGUGGACGUGCGGGCGGUGAGGCAGCAGACGGCGGACCAGAUGAGGCAGGCGUCGGCGCACCGGGCGUACGCGGAGCGGGUGAGGGAGAUGGCGCGGGCGGAGCUGGAGCUCGCGGAGCGGGAGUUCGCGCGCGCCCGGGCGAUCUGGGAGCGCGCCCGCGAGGAGGUGGAGCGCGUCGAGCGCAUGAAGGAGAUCGCCGCCCGCCGCCUCGGCAUCGGCCCCGCCGCCGCCUCCGCCGCCCUCGAGAUCACCUGCCACGCCUGCAUGCAGCGCUUCCACCCCUAGCUAGCUUCAUGCACCGCCGCCAUGGCGAUGGCGUACGUACGCAGCUAGGUCGCCAUUGUUGCUGACUUGCUGUAACGAACACUUCAGUAGCAUAUGCUAUAGCUGCUGCGAAUGGCGCCAUGGCUGCGACAUGUGUCGUGUUCAGUUUGGGAUGGAUGGAUGGUGAUCAUCUGGUUGGAUGCAUGCAUCAACACAAGGCUUCUUCUUCUUCUUCUUCUAGCUUCUUGUUGUUGCUUCUCUCUUACUCUUGAUGUGUAAAUGCUGGAUUAAUUUACAGCUAGCCUGCAUUAAGUUAAGUUAAAUUAAUUUAACAUGGGCAGGUAAGAACUAAGAACAAGUGAGUUAAUUAAUUUAGUUAGAUAUAGCUGCUUGGCCCUUUGCAGCUAAGCUUAGCUAUAUAUGUAGUACGUACACAUGGAAAAUAUAGUAUAGAAUAAUGGAGAGAAGAUAUGGGCUUCUUGAUUUAAAGGAAAAAAAAAGAAAUAUAUUUACAGUAGUGAGUGGGGGGACCGGAAAUAUCCUUUUCGUUUCCCUGGAAAUUUCCA